AUGUCCGACUACGGCGACGACGGCGCCGGUGACUUUGGCGCUGGCGAGGAGUACGAUGCCAACAUGCUCGAGGAAGACUACGAAGAAGUCGAGGACCUUGUCGACGACAACAACGACCCCACCGGCGGCACCGAAGACCCCGAGAACAAUGCCAACAUUGUCACAUCCGGCGACCCCAACGCUGUCGCACGCGCAAACGCAAACCUGGGAGUCAAGGGCUUGAAGGAGAAGAGAAUCGAUAACGACAAGAGAACUACCACGCCGUACAUGACCAAAUACGAAAGAGCUAGAGUGUUGGGUACGAGGGCGCUGCAGAUUAGUAUGAACGCCCCUGUCCUGGUUGACGUCGAGGGUGAGACGGAUCCUCUCCAAAUUGCCAUCAAGGAGCUGCGCGAANAGAAGAUUCCCCUGGUUGUGCGCAGAUAUCUGCCCGAUGGCUGGUACGAGGACUGGACUUGCGAAGAGCUUCUCUGA